CUCGAACGACACGUUCCCCACUGCUAUGCACAUCGCCGCUGGUAAAGAGGUUCACGAGGUUCUGCUGCCGGGGCUUCAGGCGCUGCACGACGCUCUCGCCGAGAAAGCUCUGCAGUUCAGAGGACAUCAUCAAGAUCGGCCGCACACACACUCAGGACGCCGUGCCGCUCUCUCUCGGACAGGAGUUUGGCGGGUACGUGCAGCAGGUGAAGUACAGCAUCGAGCGAGUGAAGGCCGCGAUGCCGCGUGUGUAUGAGCUCGCAGCCGGCGGCACUGCGGUGGGAACCGGCCUCAACACACGCAUCGGCUUCGCUGAGAAAGUGGCGGAUAAAGUGUCUGCACUCACAGGACUGCCGUUUGUGACGGCGGAGAACAAGUUCGAGGCUCUGGCGGCCCAUGAUGCACUGGUGGAGCUGAGCGGCUCUCUGAACACUGUGGCCGUGAGCCUGAUGAAGAUCGCCAACGACAUCCGCUUCCUGGGGUCGGGACCUCGGUCGGGUCUCGGAGAACUCGUGCUGCCCGAGAACGAGCCCGGGUCCAGCAUCAUGCCGGGGAAGGUGAACCCCACGCAGUGUGAGGCGUUGACUAUGGUGGCGGCUCAGGUGUUCGGGAAUCAUGUGGCCGUCACUGUCGGCGGAAGCAACGGACACUUCGAGCUCAACGUCUUCAAGCCAAUGAUCAUCAAGAACGUCCUGAACUCUGCCAGACUUCUGGGCGACGCUUCGGUCUCCUUCACCAACAACUGUGUGGUCGGGAUCGAGCCGAACAUCGAGAGGAUCAACAAACUGAUGAGCGAGUCGCUGAUGCUGGUCACGGCUCUCAACCCUCACAUAGGCUAUGAUAAAGCAGCCACUAUAGCGAAGACGGCACACAAGGAGGGCUCGACUCUGAAGGAGACGGCGCUGAAGCUCGGCUUCCUGACGGAGGAGCAGUUCGACCUGUGGGUGCGUCCUGAAGACAUGCUGGGACCCAAAUAACCUCUCGCUCUUCAAUAAAACACUUGCCUUGUUCAAACAA